UCUUUGGUCAUAGCUUGCGAAAGAAAACCAUUUACAAAAGCAAGCGUAAAAGAAUUAUUUUAUCACUGGGGUUGAUCUGAAAAUCGAAUUGUUUGUAACAUUUGUAUCAAAGUGAAAAAGUAGUGUACAGUGAACUUCGUUUGCUGCACCUAUUUUGCUACACUCAUAAACAUGGACGAUGAAACAAGCUCUGAUUUACAGAAGUGUUUAUCGGAAGGACCGAUGGAUACCGAUGAGGGGCCACUGAUCAAUGAAAAUUCGAACGGAUUGUCACAUCUACUUACCGACGGUGAAUUCAAUAGCGUUGAUGCUGCGGUUGACGAGUCCUCUACAUCGAAUCAAGCUUUUCUAAACGCUGUGGAACUGUCCACAGGCAGUGUUGGUGACUACUUGGACAACAAUACUCAAGGGUUCAAUACUGAUUCCUUUGAUGUUGGCGACAAUGCUGUCAACUUUCCCAGUGACUCUUUGAAUAAUGUGCUGUCCGAUGGAGAUUCGCGGUUGAGUGCCACAUACAAAAUGAACGAAGUGGAUCUAGAACUCACAGAGAACCAGAAAACUGAUACAGAACUUGAAAGUGAGCAAGAUAAUAUGACAAUGGACACUGUGGAAGAUACAACUGGUCCAGAAGAUGUGAUACAGCAAAAUAAUGAUAUUGAGAAUGUUCAAGAGAAUAGUGAGGAAGCAAUAAAUGAAGAUCUUGUUGCCAUAACUGAUGUCACUGAAAAUGAAGAUGAACAGCCCAUUGAAGAAGGAGAUCAAGAAACUGUUCAUGAAAAAGAUGAGGAUUUUGCUAUUUAUCAGAAUAAUGGCACUAACCUUGAUGAGAAAAUUGAAAGUAAAGAAAAAUGUGCUGAUGUUGAAAGGCCUGGACCACAAAAAACAACCAAAUUGAAUGAAUAUGCAGAAGUUACAACAGAAAAUGAAAGUUCAGAGGCUGCAGAAAAUUUAGAAGUUACACAAAAUUCUGAAGAUACACAAAAUGUAGAAGUAGAUAAUAAAACAGAUCUUGACAAUAAAAAUUAUACAGAGUUUGAUAAAAAGAUGGAAACUGAUGAAAAAUCUAAAGUUGUGGAGAAGAAAAAGGUUGGUGGUGCUGAAGAGACAGAAGUAGUGUCUGAGGAUGAAUUGCCUACAGUUCAAAAGCCAAGUGUUAAGGAUGCUGAGAAUGUUUCGGAUGAUGAGUUACCUGGCCCCAAACCAGCUGAACUUCCAGCUGACACUGAGGUUGUAUCAGAAGAUGAAUUGCCAGCAUCAAAGAAAGAGUCUCGAAAGCGGAAACCCAAUGAAGCUAAAGAUGGCUAUGAUCCCGGAUCACCUACAUCUGAAAGUGAAUCUGCUGGCAAGAAACAAGCUGUUGCAAAGAAUGGCGAAAGCAAACCAGUUCCUGCCGAGAAGCGUCCAUCAGUAGAUGACAAACCAAAAAAGAAAACUCUCCCAGAGUUGGACAAGUACUGGAAAGUGGUCAAUGAUGACCCAACAGAUUUUACCGGAUGGACGUACCUAUUGCAAUAUGUCGACCAAGAGAGUGACGUGGAGGCGGCACGCGAGGCCUACGACGCGUUCUUGUCGCACUACCCCUACUGCUACGGCUACUGGCGGAAGUACGCCGACUAUGAGAAACGUAAAGGAAGUAAAAAGAAGUGCCUCGAGGUUUUGGAAAGGGGACUUAAAGCUAUACCCCUAUCAGUGGACCUUUGGAUACAUUAUCUCAAUCAUGUUAAGGCCACGAAAACUGAUGACCAUCCCCUCAUCAGAGCACAGUAUGAGAGGGCAAUAGAGGCAUGCGGUUUGGAGUUCCGUUCGGACCGCUUGUGGGAGUCCUACAUCAAGUGGGAAGCGGAGAAUGGUUCGGCGCUACAGGUCACAAACAUCUACGAUCGUUUGUUAGCCACGCCUACGCUGGGUUACACUUCACAUUUUGACAAUUUCCAAGAGCACGUGAUGUCGGAGCCGGUGUCGGGUGUAAUAUCCCGAGAUGAGCUGGUUCGUUUGCGCGAAGAGGUACGAGAGACGACGCCCGCUCCGCCACCUCUCGACUUGCCACCCGGUGAGGACGAGCCAAUCGAUCACAUCGCUUCGGAAGAGGAAGCGCAGUCUAUUAAAGAACGUGUCAUAGCAGCACGAAAAAAAGUACAUAAGGCGACUGGCGAAGAAGUCGCCGCGAGGUGGACCUUCGAAGAAGGGAUUAAACGGCCUUACUUCCACGUCAAACCGCUGGAACGAUGUCAGUUAAAGAACUGGAAGGCGUACUUGGAGUGGGAGAAGCAACAUGGAACAAUGAAGCGGGCUUUAGUACUGCAUGAGCGCUGUCUUAUUGCUUGCGCUCUCUACGAGGAGUUUUGGAUGCGGCUAAUCAAGUUCCUGGAGGACCGCUCAGCAACGAACCCGGAGCUCGUGGCCAUAAAAAGGGAGGUGUUAGAGCGCGCCUGUACAGUACACCAUCUCGACAAGCCAGAGCUGCAUCUACACUGGGCGCACUUCGAGGAGGCGCAGGGCAACUUGUCCAAGGCGGCGGAUAUCCUCGACCGCAUCGAAAAGACUUGCCCGCAUAUUGUGCAAAUACAAUACAGGCGGAUCAACCUCGAGCGCCGUCGGGAAGACUACGAGAAGUGCAUUCAGUUGUACGAGAACUACAUAUCCUCAGCCAAAAGCAAAAUGGUAGCGUCCUCGCUCGCGAUCAAAUACGCGCGCUUCCUAUUCCACGUGAAGAAAGACCCUGUCGCGGCAAGGAAGGCACUCGAUGACGCCGUCGUCAAGGACCCAUUGAACUCUCGGUUGCAUAUGCAGCGGCUGGACUUAGCUUUGCAUACGCCCGACACACAAUAUGAACAGUUGGAAGAGUUGGUGAUGAGCUACGAGAAGCAGGAGGGUGCAGAAGCGGAGACGUGUGCGGCGAUGGCGUGGCGGCGUCGCGAGUUGGCCGACGAGCUGGGCUCCGCGGCCGCCGCACGUGCCGCUAACGUCCACGCGCGCGCUUUGUACAAACACUUGCGGAAACGCGCGCGCGCCGCCAAACACGACGCGCCCCCACACCACCCGGCGACGACAGACGCGACUGCCAAGAAGAAGGAGAAUUGCGCAACCACGCCCGCGACUACCACUAGCAGCGCGAACACGUACUACCAGACGCCGCCCGCGACCGCACAGUCCUACGACCAGUCCUACGCCCAGCAGCCUUACACGCCACCCUGGGGCUACCAGCAGCCACCCGGCCCCUACCCGCACCACCCUGGACACCCGUGGCCACAGUACCCCAAUUACUACUAGCAACCGGAACAUCUACAGUCAUAGUAAAAAGAAGAGAUACAGUAGUUCGACGAGAGAGAGAGAGAAGAAGAAGAGAUCAAAGGGAUCUCGUAGUAAAUACCGACAUCGUUAAAAACAGCUUCGCGUCAUUGUAUCGGGGUGAGCCCAAGACCUGUAAUACAAGUACCUUCCUCUCACUGACUUACUUUAAUAAGUAAGUCAGUGAGAGGAAGGUACUUGUAGGUAGGUAUUAAUAUACCACUGGACUGGCUGUCCUUUCAUACAAAUUACAGCUGAAAUAUUGGCUCUAUCGCAAGGCUUCAUUUGGCAUACGGAGUACCCUAGAACUAAUAUUACUGUGUUUUUAGUAAUUAAAAUACUAGUUCAUUUUAAGGAACUAGACUACAAACAGCUGUUAUACACUUGUAUUACAGCUUUAUAACUUACAACGCAAAAAUGAGAUCAAUUAAUUGGAAACAAAAACAAACGAAGUGAUAACAGCCUGCCCAGUGAUAAUGGCAGUAGUUAGACGCCUUUAAUCUCGUGGUAAAUGCCGACAAACAAACUGUGUUGCGACUUUGUAUCGGAGUGAGGAAGGGCCCUUACUGGCGCCCGUAAGUAAUAUGGGCAUUUUCCUCGCCCGCACGAUUGCUGUCGAGACUGCUUCAUCGGUAUGAGUACCCAUACUCUAUGCUACGGUGAACGAAAGAAAGUAGGCAGCUGUCUGUAUAUUGAUCAGAGUCUAGUGUAACUUAGUGUAACAAACUGAACAUUAGGGUACCGAAAGUAAAUAAAUAAUGUAUGUCGUUAUUGAAAUUUUGGCGUUAGAUUGUCCAUAAAAAUGAAAAUUUUAUGUCGAUAUGACGCUAGUUUACUUGAAAUCUCAUACUGAGGCUCUCUAAUGAACUCGUCGCCUGCAUCCAAUGCACCAUAGAAAUGCAGAUGACGUCAUUACCAUAUGUCGCAUUAUCCAGCGCGUUUGAUAGCGGCAAUCACAUUUUCUUGAAAAUGAAUUUCUUGAUUCGGGGCGAGAACUGUGCGUCAAUUUUAACUCAGAUGAUACUUUUGAUACGAACUCUUCUGCAGUUAAUUUUACAAACAGUUUUUAGAACAGGCGUUAAGUUUGCGGAAUUCCAUGAUAUACUAUAGAAAUUAAACUUAACUUGCUAUACUCCACGUAUCUCUACGAGAAUCUGUAUGUCCGAUAAGUUGUAGCAUCCUCAGGAAAUGUUGACUAUACAAUGAACAGAGAUUGUAAAGUCUACAUCGAAUGCUCCGGUGUCGGAGCGAUUAAAUUUCCGCAAAUAUAGCAAACUCGUAUAUAUUACAUUGCUGAACGUCUGUUUAUUAUGGAGUAUAAAGAUUAUGAAUUACACCAUACAGAUUCUCCUGCUUUUCGCAGAGUAUAGGAAAUUAAGCAUAUUUUUUAUUGUAUAGCAAAUGUUGUGUAAAGAACCCUUAGUAUGAGAUUUGUCUUCCCAAAUUGCUAAAUUCGCGUACAAAUUUGCCUUAUUUAAACUCUUACAAGCAGAAACGUUACAUCGAUGAAUCUACAUUACGUUUGGGUGCCUUAUCUGUCUAUGGUCAUAUUGAAGCAGGUUUUAGCGACAAAAACCUUAUAAAAUGUAUAUGAGCUUGUAAUAAUUGCAUGCCAAUUUAAAUCUUUGGUGACCUGACUACCCCAUAACAGGGUCCGGACUGUUUUUUUUAAUUCACUUGGACUUUAUUCUAAUUUAGAAUACCAAAUGAUUUUUAUGAAAUAUAGAAUUUCUUGAAUAUGAUACAAUUUAUUGUUAUUAACAAACUAUAGUCUUUUAAACAAUAAAAACUAUCAGCCUU